GGUUUCCAAAAAAUAAAAAUCCCUCCCUCUUUUUUAUUUAUCUGUGCAGAAAAAUGUCUGAAGAAGUCAAAAAAUUAAUAUUUGAAGAGAAUGAAAAGGUGUUGUGUUAUCACGGACCCUUAAUCUAUGAAGCUAAAAUUCUGGAAAGUAAAUGGAUGGACGAAGAUCCUGAGCUCACAGGACCUCAUUACUAUGUUCAUUACAAAGGCUGGAAAAGAAGUUGGGAUGAGUGGGUACCCGAAACAAGAGUGCUUCGUUGGUGCGAGGAUAAUAUCAAGAUGCAGUCUCGACUCAAGUCACUUUACCGCACGAAACAAUCCAGCGCAAAAUCUACCUGUUCUUCAGACAACGAGAGCAAUUCAUUGGGUAAAAGACGACGAGAAGCCAAGAACGAAAAAGAAGAGGAUUAUUUGAACAAGCCAGAGAUUAAACUCGAUAUACCCGAAACAUUAAAAGGUCAAUUGGUGGAUGACUGGGAAAGCGUCACAAAAAAUCAACAACUCGUUACUCUACCAAGACAGAUCACAAUCAAUGAGUUAUUAGCGCGUUACAAGAGAUUUAAAAAGGAGAAAAAGGGCAACCGUGAAUUAAAUGAGGAUUUAUUAGAGGAAGUAUUUGAUGGCCUUCGUAUAUAUUUCAACAAGGCUUUAGGAACCAUGCUUCUUUAUCGCUUUGAAAGACAUCAAUAUGCUGACAUCAGAAGACAAAACCCAGACAAAGAUCUCGUUGAUAUUUAUGGUGCCGAGCAUUUCCUGAGAUUGUUUGUUCAAAUGCCUAGUUUAAUUGCUCAUACAAAUAUGGAUUCUGAUGCUGUUCAUGUAUUGAAUGAUUACUUGUCUGAUAUUUUACGUUUUAUGCAAAAGCAACAGAAACACUUGUUUCAAACAGAAUAUGAAAAUGCCCCUCCUGGUUACUUGGCUUUAUCGGGUGCUAAUUAAUCCAACACAAUUUCACCCCUACAAUCACUAUGUAAAUAUAAUAUGAAAAUAAAAGGCUUAUGUUAUUUUA